AUGGACGGCGGUGACCAACAGGAUGAGGAAAUGGGAGCCGGGAGGAAAGACAACGAUGGAGAGAAAUAUGAAGAGAUGAAAAACCAGCUCAACGUCGAGGAGAAAGGUGAGACGGAAAUGAAGACAAACGAGAAAGAGAAGAAGAGGCGCGGAUGGGCGCUGAGCGAGAGGCUGGCCAUUAACGUCUCGGGGAUGCGGUACGAGACCCAACUUCGCACCUUAGCCCAGUUCCCUGACUCCAUGCUUGGGGACCCUCAAAGACGGUCACGCUACUUUGACCCGAUGCGAAAUGAACUCUUCCUGGACCGGAAUCGGGCUUGUUUUGACGCGAUCCUCUACUUUUACCAGUCGGGCGGGAGGCUUCGGAGGCCCGCCAACAUCCCCCUGGACAUCUUCAUGGAUGAGCUGAUGUUCUACGAGCUGGGAGAGGACAUCAUGAUCCGCUUCAAGGACGACGAGGGCUUUUCGAAAGAGGAGGAGAGGCCGUUGCCCUCCAACGAAACGCAGAAAAAACUUUGGAUGCUGUUCGAACACCCGGAAUCCUCGUCGGCCGCGCGCAUCAUAGCCAUCGUCAGCGUUAUGGUAAUCGUGGUGUCCAUCCUCAUCUUCUGCCUGGAGACGCUGCCAGACUUCCGCGUCGAGAAGGAGACACGCGAGGAGUAUUUUUACAAGCACCACGGCCAAGAAAGGAACACGUCGGAGACCUUGCCUCCGCCCCCCAAUGUUUUCCAGGACCCCUUCUUCAUCGUGGAGACCGUGUGCAUCUGCUGGUUCGCUUUCGAGCUCGUCAUGCGUUUUUGUUGCUGCCCCAGCAAGAUGCACUUCUUCAAGGACGUCAUGAACAUCAUCGACUUCAGCGCCAUUUUGCCCUAUUUUGUCACUCUGGGAACGGAGCUGGCCCGGGAAAACGAAACCAGCCCGGCUACGUCCCUGGCCAUCAUCCGAGUCAUCCGGCUCGUGAGGGUGUUCAGGAUCUUCAAGCUGUCCCGUCACUCCAAAGGGCUUCAGAUCCUCGGCCAGACGCUCAGGGCCAGCAUGCGUGAACUCGGCCUUCUCAUUUUCUUCCUCUUCAUCGGCGUCAUCCUUUUCUCCAGCGCCAUCUACUUCGCCGAGGCCGACCACAGCGACACGGCCUUCAUCAGCAUACCGCACGCUUUCUGGUGGGCUGUGGUCACCAUGACAACAGUGGGCUACGGAGACAUGUACCCGCAGACCGUGUGGGGUAAACUGGUGGGCUCUAUGUGCGCCAUCGCCGGCGUGCUUACCAUCUCCCUACCGGUGCCGGUCAUAGUGUCGAACUUCAGCUACUUCUACCACCGGGAGACGGAAUGCGAGGAUCGAUCCCGAUACGUGCACGUCGCGAGCUCGCCGUGGGAGGACGAGGAACCGGAGGGGGGGGAAGCGGAAGAUCCAUAUGGGGACCCCGAGGGGGAUUAUUAUGCCAUUGGAGGCACAUAUAACAACCUUAAUGGGACCGUUCCGAGUAACGUGGGGCAGAGUUCUGAAUCAGAAGGGAAUACGCAUUUGAGGGAACUGCUGGUCACCCAAGUGUGA